GUAUGAAGUGCGAGAGGAGCGAACAGUUUUCUCUUCGGUAGAAAUGGCGACGGACCGUGAAAAGGAGAGAGAGGCAGAGCUGGAGAGUGCUAUGUACACGAAUUGCCUGCUACUCGGCCUGGAUCCGGCUAUCAUUGGCGUGGGCGGGGCAGGAGGGAGUCCCAGGGUCGGCCAUUUCCGGCAUUCCAACCCUAGAUUGGGGGAAAAGCUUCUAUACUUUCUUCUCUCGUCCUUAAGAGGGCCCGUCCAAUCUGCCAAGGAUUUCGAUAAGGUGUGGCCCAUUUACGAUUCUGCUCAGUCCCGAGAUUUUCGUAAG